AUGGAAGGCUCAACGGGAUUUGAUGGAGACGCUACUACUUUUUUCGCUCCAGACGCUGUGUUUGGUGACAGAGUGCGCAGAUUUCAAGAGUUUUUAGAUACUUUCACCUCAUACAGAGACUCUGUAAGGUCCAUACAAGUUUACAACAGCAAUAACGCGGCCAACUACAACGAUGAUCAAGAUGACGCAGACGAACGAGAUUUGCUAGGUGAUGACGACGGUGAUGAUCUUGAAAAGGAAAAGAAAGCAGCAUCGUCCACCUCAUUGAAUAUACUCCCUCACAGGAUUAUCAUCUCGCUUGAUGACUUGAGAGAAUUCGACAGGUCGUUCUGGUCGGGCAUUUUAGUCGAACCAGCAUACUUCAUCCCGCCUGCCGAAAAGGCGCUUACUGACCUAGCAGAUUCCAUGGACGAUGUUCCACAUCCCAAUGCCUCUGCAGUAUCGUCUCGCCAUCCUUGGAAGCUUUCGUUCAAAGGCUCAUUUGGUGCACACGCAUUGUCUCCUCGUACUCUAACGGCACAACAUUUAAACAAACUGGUCUCUGUUGAGGGUAUCGUAACUAAGACUUCGUUGGUCAGGCCAAAGCUUAUCAGAUCUGUCCACUACGCGGCAAAGACUGGUAGAUUCCAUUACAGAGAUUAUACAGAUGCUACUACAACUCUCACCACCCGCAUCCCAACGCCUGCCAUCUAUCCAACGGAGGACACUGAAGGUAACAAACUAACCACCGAAUAUGGGUAUAGUACGUUCAUAGACCAUCAGCGUAUCACUGUGCAAGAAAUGCCCGAAAUGGCCCCCGCUGGCCAACUUCCCAGGUCCAUUGACGUCAUUCUCGAUGACGACCUUGUGGACAAGACCAAGCCAGGUGACAGAGUUAACGUUGUCGGGGUAUUCAAGUCGCUUGGUGCUGGUGGCAUGAACCAGUCCAACUCUAAUACAUUGAUCGGGUUCAAAACUCUGAUCCUAGGUAAUACGGUGUAUCCUCUCCACGCCAGAUCCACGGGUGUCGCUGCGAGACAAAUGUUGACAGAUUUCGAUAUAAGAAAUAUCAAUAAACUAUCCAAAAAAAAGGACAUUUUCGAUAUCUUGUCUCAAUCUUUAGCGCCUUCUAUUUAUGGACAUGACCAUAUAAAGAAAGCCAUUUUAUUGAUGCUCAUGGGAGGUGUGGAGAAAAAUUUAGAAAAUGGCUCGCAUUUAAGAGGUGACAUCAAUAUCCUAAUGGUGGGUGAUCCAUCCACUGCCAAGUCCCAAUUGCUAAGGUUUGUGUUGAAUACAGCAUCACUGGCAAUUGCUACUACUGGUAGAGGUUCUUCCGGUGUCGGUUUGACCGCAGCGGUCACUACUGAUAGGGAAACAGGUGAAAGAAGACUAGAGGCUGGUGCCAUGGUUCUUGCUGACCGCGGGGUUGUAUGUAUUGAUGAAUUUGAUAAGAUGACAGAUGUGGAUAGAGUCGCCAUUCAUGAAGUAAUGGAACAACAAACGGUGACGAUUGCCAAAGCAGGUAUUCACACAACAUUAAAUGCUCGUUGUAGUGUUAUUGCUGCCGCAAAUCCCGUUUUUGGGCAGUACGAUGUCAAUAGAGAUCCACACCAAAACAUUGCCCUACCGGACUCGCUGUUGUCUCGUUUUGAUUUACUAUUUGUUGUGACAGACGAUAUCAAUGAAAUCAGAGAUAGAUCCAUUAGUGAGCAUGUCUUAAGAACACACAGAUAUUUGCCUCCAGGUUAUUUAGAGGGUGAACCUGUGAGAGAGCGUUUGAAUUUAUCAUUAGCCGUUGGGGAGGAUGCAGAUAUAAAUCCUGAAGAGCAUUCCAACUCCGGGGCUGGUGUAGAAAAUGAAGGAGAAGAUGAUGAAGACCAUGUCUUCGAAAAGUUCAACCCCUUAUUACAAGCAGGUGCUAAGUUAGCAAAAAACAAAGGUAACUAUAACGGUACAGAAAUUCCAAAGCUAGUCACCAUCCCAUUCUUAAGAAAGUACGUUCAAUAUGCCAAGGAAAGGGUUAUUCCACAGUUAACACAAGAAGCCAUCAAUGUUAUUGUGAAAAAUUAUACUGAUUUAAGAAACGAUGAUAAUACCAAAAAAUCGCCCAUUACUGCAAGAACUUUGGAGACUUUGAUCAGAUUAGCCACAGCUCACGCCAAAGUCAGGUUAUCCAAAACAGUCAACAAGGUGGAUGCUAAAGUGGCUGCCAAUCUACUAAGGUUUGCACUAUUGGGUGAGGAUAUCGGCAAUGAUAUCGAUGAAGAGGAAAGUGAAUACGAAGAAGCUUUGUCGAAGAGGUCUCCACAGAAAUCACCGAAAAAAAGACAAAGAGUCAGACAACCAGCAAGCAACUCUGGAUCCCCAAUCAAAUCUACUCCAAGAAGGUCAACGGCAUCUUCCGUUAAUGCCACGCCAUCGUCAGCACGCAGAAUAUUACGUUUUCAAGAUGACGAACAGAACGCUGGUGAAGACGAUAACGAUAUAAUGUCACCGCUUCCUGCGGAUGAGGAAGCUGAAUUACAAAGAAGGCUUCAACUGGGGUUGAGAGUGUCUCCAAGACGUAGAGAACAUCUUCACGCACCUGAGGAAGGUUCGUCGGGACCUCUUACCGAGGUCGGUACUCCAAGAUUACCUAACGUAUCUUCUGCAGGUCAGGAUGAUGAGCAACAACAGUCAGUUAUUUCUUUUGACAAUGUGGAGCCUGGUACCAUUUCUACUGGUAGAUUGUCUUUAAUCUCAGGUAUUAUUGCGCGUCUGAUGCAAACAGAAAUAUUUGAAGAAGAAUCCUAUCCUGUGGCCUCUUUGUUCGAAAGAAUCAACGAAGAACUACCGGAGGAGGAAAAAUUCUCCGCUCAAGAAUAUUUAGCAGGUUUGAAGAUCAUGUCGGACAGAAAUAACUUAAUGGUUGCUGACGAUAAAGUUUGGAGAGUCUGA